GUGUGUGUGUGUGACACGCCCACAGUGUGUGUGUGACAGACACAGCUGCAGCAGGGCAACAUGGAGCUGAUCUUUUCAUCAUAAAGAGAAGCGGGACAAAGAAAGGUCAGGCGGAAACUUGGCAAAGAAAGAUGAAAAUGAGCGCUUGUCACACACGUGUCGAGGAGCUGCAGCAGGACAACAUGGAGCUGAUCUUUUCAUCAUAAAGAGAAGCGGGACAAAGAAAGGUCAGGCGGAAACUUGGCAAAGAAAGAUGAAAAUGAGCGCUUGUCACACACGUGUCAAGGAGAUGAAGAUUAACGACGCGUGCUAAGUGACUCGGAGGGUGUGUGAGUGAUUCUGCCGAUCAAACCUUCGGCCCUUUUCCUCCCGCUGCUUCACACCCAGCAGACAGAUUUCGAGGAUGUUUUGGAGUUACUGCCGGCUCCACAAGAGCCAGUGCGUCCGUCUGAUACUCACCUGCCUGGUUCUGUCGCUGAUCAUGGUGUGUUGGGACAAAAGCGUCUUCAACCACCUCAAGUCCUAUUCAUGCAGCUUCCUGGUCGACCGCUUCAGGGACGUCAACAAGAGCCUCACCAUCACCCGGGAACAGGCCCGGACCUUCAGCAACUUCCGCAGCCUGCUGGACCAACCGGACAAAUGCGCCGGUAAGGACGUCCUCCUCCUGGUCUUUGUCAAAACAUCUCCUGGGAACCGUGCCAGGCGGGACGCCAUCAGGUCCACUUGGGGCAGCGAGACCUACAUCCAGCGCACGCUGGGAGAGACUGUGAAGGUGGUGUUCGCCUUAGGAGCCCCUGCCGUGGACGCGGCCGUUGUUCAAAGGCAGCUCGUCCAAGAGAACAGUCUCCAUGCCGAUUUGAUCCAGCAGGACUUCAUGGACUCCUUCCACAAUCUGACCCUUAAGCUGAUCAUGCAGUUCCACUGGAUGCACCGCUGCUGCGCUCACGCCCGCUUCCUAAUGAUCACAGAUGAUGACAUCUUCGUCCACAUGCCAAACUUAGUGGGGUACCUGCGGGACAAGAGCACGCUGGGCACCACUGACUUUUGGGUGGGCCGGGUGCACCGGGGGGCUCCGCCUAUCCGUCGUAAGAACAGCAAGUACUACGUGUCUUUGGAGAUGUACCAAUGGCGGUCUUACCCCGACUACACAGCAGGAGGGGGCUCUGUGAUGUCCGGCGACGUGGCCGGCAAGAUCUACCAGGCUACGCUGACUCUGAACGCCUCGCUCCACAUAGACGACGUGUUCAUGGGCAUCUGCGCCAUGGCUGUGGGUGUGUCCCCACAGGCCCAUGUGUACUUCUCAGGGGAGGGCAAGACUCCCCGCCACCUGUGCAUCUACGACCGGAUGAUGACCUCCCACGGCCACACGGAGGAUCUCCACGAGCUGUGGAAGGCGGCCACACACCCCCAAGUGAAAGAGAAGACGUCUGGGAUCUUAGGCAGACUGCACUGCACAUCCACUAAGAUCUCUCUGCUCUGUAACCCCCUAUUUUUCAACGGCUAUCCCUGCCCAGCCGCGUUUUACUGAGUAAACUUCUUGGUCACUGCU